AUGCACUCAGAAAACUUGAAAAGAACAUUUUGCUCACUGUGUCUAAAUAUUACAAGCGAUACAAAUUGCAAUGUAACAGGAGAAGUAAGAGACGUCAUAGAAGUUGUUUUUCCGAAUGUGUAUUUGAAGGAUAUAUAUAAACAUCCAAUAUGUAACACGUGUUCUGUCAAAUUGUUUGCUGCUUUUAAUUUUAAAUCGGCAUGUAUGAAAACUGAGAAUAUUAUUUUUCCACAUAUUAAUGCUAGUAAAGCAUCAGUGAUUGAUCUAAUUGACGUUUAUCUAAAGGAGAAUGGAAAUAUUCAGUUGAUCAAAAUAACAGAAGAUCAGAAAAUUUGUCGCUUAUGUUUACAAUUGAUAACAUAUGGAUUUGUGUCAUUAAAUGAAGUAGAUGUUGACAUAGUUGAUACUGUUAUACCACAAGUUAACAUCAGUGCUACAAGCCAUCCUGUUAUAUGCGGACUGUGUUUUGAUUUGCUUUAUACUCAUGGCAGUUUUUUAAGGAAGUGUCUAGAUUCAGGGGAAAAAUAUAAAAUUAUUGUUAAACAAUCUUACAUUAAAACUGAAGAAAUUGAAAUAAACCUAGAAGACAAUUGUCAGAAUGUACAGAAUGUUGAUAAGCCUUUUUAUAUUAAAUCUGAAGAGAUUGAAAUCAAGGUAGAGGAAGAUAAUGAGAAUAGUAGUUCAUCUUCGUACCACAUAAAUAAUGAAACAAUUGAAAACAAGCAGAUAUAUGUUUCUGAAGGCAUAGGCGAGAUAAAUAGUGAAAAUGUACUUAAAUAUGAAAUAGGAUUUAAUGAAAACUUUACAUCAUCGAUGUCGGUUCAUAACAAUCAAAUGUGCAAUGGCGAAAAGUCUGAAUUUCAAAACCACGAUAAAUGUAAAUAUGUAACUAAGCACACGCAACACGAGAAUCCUUCAAAAAUCCAAAUAUACACGUGCAAUACAUGUAGUUAUCAGACUAAACAUAAGGGUGAUCUAAAACUGCAUCAGUUAGGGCACAAAGGCCAAAUGUACACAUGUGACACGUGUAUGUACGAAACUAAAUAUAAGAGUAAUCUCAAAAGGCAUCAAUUACUGCACAAUAACCCUUUGGAAAUCCAAAUGUGGAAGUGUGAUAUGUGUAGUUUUGAAUCUAGAUAUAAGAAAAAUCUAAAAGAGCAUCUUUUACUGCACAAAGAUGUUUCAGACUGCCGACUGUACAAGUGUGAUACUUGCAAUUUUGAUACUAAGCAUAAGGGGUAUCUAAAAAUACAUCAGUUAAGGCACAAAGACCCUUCCGAGAUCCAAAUGUACAAGUGUGAUGUGUGUGAUUAUACUACUAAAUAUAGGAACAGUCUAAAAGUGCAUCAGUUACAGCACAAAGACCCUUCAGAAAUACAAAUGUUCAAGUGUGAUACUUGUAGUUAUCAGACUAAACAUAAGGAUUAUCUAAAACUGCAUCAGUUACGGCACAAAGAUCUUUUGAAAACCCAAAUGUACACAUGUGAAGGGUGUACUUACAAAACUAAAUAUAAGUAUGUUCUAAAUAGACAUCGGUUAAUGCACCACAACCCUUUGAAAAUCCAAAUGUGGAAGUGUGAUAUGUGUAGUUAUGAAACUAAAUAUAAGAGAAAUUUAAAAGUGCAUCUCUCACUGCACAAAGACAUCCGAAUGUACAAAUGCGAUGCUUGUAUUUAUGAAACUAAAUGUAAAAGUCAUCUAAAAGUGCAUCAGUUACAGCACAAGAGCAUUUUGGAAAAUGAAAUACACAAGUGUGACACAUGUAGUUAUGAAACUGAUUGUAAGAGCCGCUUAAAUUGGCAUCAGUUAAUACACAAAGACUCAUCAGAAAUCAAAAUGUACAAAUGUGAUACUUGUCCUUAUGAAGCUAAACAGAGGAGAUAUCUAAAAGAUCAUCAGUUAGUUCACAAGGAUCCUUCAAGAGUCCAAAUGUACAAGUGUGAUAGGUGCAGUUAUGAAACUAAGCGUAAGGCGUAUCUAAAAGUACAUCAGUUAAUACACAAAGACCUUUCGUAAAUUCGUUAAGUUUAUAUUAUGAUAAAUUUGUUAUAACAAGAACAAUAAAUGGUCAC